CAGAUCACACCUGCUAUUAACAGGGUGAUUAAUUUGUCAACGGCCAGGCUUAGCAGCUUACCAGGGGCGACACCUGAUAUCGAGUCAAUCGCCGCACUGGAUGAGCAUUCUGCCUGCUGGGAUGGUGUUCCCUGGAAGUAAACUGACGCUUUCAAUCAUUCUCAUCAUCAAUACCGUGUUCUGGGAAUUGGUCUUCUCCGCAGGAAACCCUCUUUUUCAGAACAGGAAAGUGCUCAACGUGUUGCAUUUUGACAAUUGCGUUGGUGAAGAGUAUCCCUUCAAGUUUGUUAAAUGGUCCUUCAUCCGGAACAGGACGACAAUCAUCAUUAACGGGGAAGAGAUUAUCACAAGGAACAUAGAUGAGCCGUUGACGAUUUUCUAUCGGAUUGAGAAAUGCAACGACAAAGCGAAUCCUGAUACUUGUGAAUACUACAACACAUGGAGAUGGGACAAUCUUUGCACUAUGAUGAAAGUGCUGCCAUUCAUUUCUACGAUCCGUAACCUUCACACUCCACCUCUUUCGUGCCCAUUCAGGAAAGGACAUUAUUACGUGAGGAAUGCCAAGUUCGAUAAAUUCUCUCUCCUGCAGUUUUUGCAGACAAUCGGUAACAACAAUCGAGCUAUGUGGAAAUUUCGGAUGGAGAUAUAUGAAAAGGACCAAAUUGUCUGCUGCUUGGAUUUCUCUAUUCAAGUCGUCAACUUCAGAACAAAAAACUCGCGAGGAAAUACGUCAUCUAGUCAUACGCAAACAAUUAGAAAAGCAGAUUUUAUUUGAUGAGGUGCUGAAUAUACGCAGCAGAGUGCCGCCUGAUUUUUCUGGUCCAUCAUCUGUCACGGCGGUAUGUUUAUUUGGCAUUGGCAUGAUUUUUUUGA